AUGAGCAAUGUGCUAUCGGACACGGCCUUGACCGGAGUCACUGUGGUUCAUGCUGAACUUGGCGUGGGCAAGUCCGUUGCUGUGGCUUUGGCCAUGCUUGGAUGGGCCAAAGACAACCCACAGUGCAUCACUGUUUUGGUCAGGCAGGAUUUGGCGCGUCUCAAGGAUUUCUUCAAUGUAGCAGACAUAAGCUUUGUGCCACGUGUUGCAGAACUCAUUUUUUCAAUCUUGUUUGACGCUGGAGUUCGCUUGCAGCUGAUUUGGACAACAUCUUUGAUGACGAACUGGGUGGAGAUGGGAAGAUGUUGA